AUCAGGACCAAACUGAGAGCGGUUCUGUAGAGUCUGCAUGAGUCCUGAUCUCUAAGUGAUUAAUAACUAAUCAAACGUUCCUCACAGUAACGUCUGAUGAACACGAUCCCUUAUGGAGGGAACCAGCAUGCUGAGUCCUCACGUGAUCUGGUCUCCACUAAAGGCUCAAACCUGCAGAGCUGCUGCUGUUCUCACACGUUCUCACCACAACGCUUCCUCUUCACCUCCGAGGAAACAACCACAAGAUGCAAAGAGGAGGAAACUCAUCCUCGGAGCUCCAACACGUCAUCUCUAUGAGCACGACGAGGAAGUGACGCUGUGCAACCAGAGGAAGCAGAAGCUGCAUCUGUGAGGAAGAAGCACUCGGUCAGACGCCUUGAGGAGCAGAGACACCAUGGUGGAACUCAGAGGGACUCAAAGGACUUUAUGUGUGAUGCUGCUGCUGCUUCAGGCUGCAGUAAGAGGACAAACCCCCCCUGACCCCCGCUUCCUCGUCAGAGCCGGAGAUGACGUCACUUUGCCUUCUAAUCAGGACAGAUGUGACGGUUCUACUUGGCUUUACAGUCGUAGUGGAUCAACUGUGGAGCUGGUUACACUUGGGAAGUUUAGAAAUAACGCUUUGAUUCCAGAAGCUAAAACCAACAGACUGAGUUUGACAGCAAACUGUUCUCUGGUUAUAAGAAACGUCUCAGGUGAAGAUGUUGGUCGUUACAUCAACAGACAUUAUGAUGAAACAGAAAAACAACAAGGUCCAGAUGGUGUGGUCUCUCUGUACGUGUUUACAAUGGAGGAAAAGGACUACGGGGGUUCGGUUGAGUUGUCCUGCUUUGUGUUGAGAUCCUCUGAGUGUGAACACACAGUAAAGUGGCUUUAUGACGGCAAACAGACUGAUGUGAUGACGACAUCACACGCUGCUUGUGAAGCUACUGUGACGUUUAAAGCUCCUCUUCAUCAGAAGUCAAAGUAUUAUAAGUCACUGAGAUGUGAAGUGAGAAACAAUCAGAGUGGAAAAACUCUGCUGUUUGAAGCCUGCAGUCAGUUCUCAUGUGAACAAACAGGAGGCCCAUCGGGGGAGGGAAACAUUACACCACCUGCACCAUCAGGCUGGUGGAGGUUCAUCAUUCUGGCUGCAGCGACGGUGGUUGUUCUUGUUGUGUUGUUCUUCACAUGGAAGAGAUCUAAAGGGAGAGAAACCCGGAUGGACGUCAACGAAGUGAGUUUAAAAAAUGAAACCAAACGCUGUGUUUGUGAUGAUUCACUAGUUUAUAAGAAGAAUAAAGUGAGGCCUGUAUCACCGAGUGAGUCCAACAUAACAGGGAUUCUUCUUCUCGUCUUCAGCACUGAUGCUGCUUCAUCUGCUCCCUUUGUCUCAGAGUCUCAGGUGUUGCUGCUCACAGGUGCAGCGUGAAGAUGGAGACGAAGGUGCAGUGGUCUAUGAAAACGUUGGAGAACCUUCAGCUUCUGUCAGACUCUGAUCCACAGCUUCUAGAUCCACGCGCAGAGACGGGAGAUCAACCCUGUGACGUCAGUUCCAGUGUUUUAUUUGGCAUUUUAAGAUAAAGGGUUUAUAUUGACAUGUUUUCAUUAAUAGUUUCUCUGACAUUCAAACUUCUUCCUGCUAUGAAAGACACGGUGGAGUGACGUCAUCCACGUGCUCUCAUGAUGAAUUAUGCUCCUUUGAGGUUAAACUUUGUCUCUUUUUCUUCUUCUACAUGUCUGCUGUUUGUCUAACGUGUUUGAUUCACAUUGUUGGGUUUGAACGAGUUGUCAGCCUUAAUAAAGUCGCUUUUAUUGAUGAGAAAUAUGAAACAAAUAAAAUAAGAAUGUGCUUGA